GUUUUAUGUACAACCGUCAAAGGCGGGUCUGCGUUGUAGUGAGUUCUCUGUUGAUCAUUGUAGAAGUGCAGUUGGAGCGCGGCAAGCAGACAAUACAGGAAAAUGGCAGAUCAACUGACAGAAGAGCAGAUUGCUGAAUUUAAGGAGGCUUUUUCGCUAUUUGACAAAGAUGGAGAUGGUACCAUAACUACCAAGGAGCUUGGUACAGUGAUGCGUUCUCUUGGCCAAAACCCAACAGAGGCUGAACUUCAGGAUAUGAUUAAUGAAGUGGAUGCAGAUGGUAAUGGAACAAUUGACUUUCCAGAAUUCUUGACCAUGAUGGCAAGAAAGAUGAAAGACACAGACAGUGAGGAAGAAAUCAGGGAAGCUUUCAGAGUCUUUGACAAGGAUGGAAAUGGGUACAUCAGUGCUGCUGAGCUGCGUCAUGUCAUGACAAACCUUGGUGAGAAGUUAACAGAUGAGGAAGUUGAUGAAAUGAUCAGAGAAGCGGACAUUGAUGGUGAUGGUCAGGUUAAUUAUGAAGAAUUUGUACAGAUGAUGACAGCGAAGUGAAAUCCUUGUACAGAAUUUCUUGUAUAAAUUGCCUUUUCUUUUUAAACUCAAGUUUUCAUUUUAAUUCUCCCUCUCUCUUGUUCUUCAAAGGAACUGCAUGUCCAUUUUUUUUUUUCUUUUCAAAUUUGGUCAUCGAUACUUUGAUCUAGUGAGUAGCCACAGGACCACAGGAUUGGUUUUGGCAGACAUGCUGGUUGGCACUUGCCUUUCUUUUGUGCAUUUUGAUGUCUACUUGCCUGCCAUCUUAUAAGUGGUGAUGCUGAGGGUCCAGCAGGACUUUUCCCCCCUUUUUUCUUUUUUUUUUUUUGUGGAGGAGCUGCUCUGCAUGGAUAAUGGACUACAUGUAUAUGUGGGGGGGAGAGUCCUCAACAUUGCACUAUUAUAACAUCAGUGAAUUACAAACUGACGGGUUUAUCGGCGGGUACUCGUUCACUAGUCUUUUUGUAUUUGUUCUAGUUAUUACUUACUAUGCUUUCUAAUUAGUCACUUUUCAUCUUUGUCAACUGCUUAUGACAGUCAUGCCUCAAAAGAAUCCAUUCCAAGUUGUAUAUUUGUUUUCCAAUAAAAGUAACAUUUUAUCCCAAA